ACACUCCUAGCUGGGUGCAGGGUGCGGCCCAGGGCGUGGUCACCGGGGGGGGGGGUACUUAGGGCUGGCUGGUGCGAGGGCCGGGCCGGCGCGGAGCUUUAGCUGCGAAGCUGCUGGGCACUCAGCGCGGGUCAUGGCGUGGAUCCUGGACUGCCUUUUUGCGUCGGCCUUUGAGCCACGUCCGCGGCGUGUGAGUGUCCUGGGUGGAGCCCCAGGACACAACCCUGACCGCCGGGCGAAGAUGGUAUCUAUACACAGCCUCUCCGAGCUGGAGCGCCUGAAGCUGCAAGAGACUGCUUACCACGAACUCGUGGCCAGACAUUUCCUCUCUGAAUUCAAACCGGACAGGGCUCUGCCCGUUGACCAUCCAAACACCUUGGAAAAGUGGUUUCUGCUUUUGAGAGGACAAGAGAACGCAGUCUCUCUCAAGACUUUUGGCAUUCGUCUGGAAGAGGUGCUGGUGAACGAGCUUACCCGCCGCAAACAUCUGGAACUGACAGCUACCAUGCAGAUUGAAGAAGCCACCGGACAGGGUGCCGGCCGUCGUCGGGGAAACGUGGUGCAGAGGGUGUUUGGCCGCAUCCGGCGCUUUUUCAGCCGCAGGAGGAAUGAGCCCUCUUUGCCCAGGGAGUUUACUCGCCGUGGGCGUCGAGGUGCCGUGUCCGUUGACAGCCUGGCAGAGCUGGAGGGAGGGGCUCUGCUGCUCCAGACCCUGCAACUUUCCAGGGUUUCAUUUCCCAUUGGCCAGCGCCUUCUGGGAUCCAAGAGGAAGAUGAGUCUCAAUCCGAUUGCUAAACAAAUCCCCCAGGUUGUUGAGACUUGCUGCAAAUUCAUUGAAAAACAUGGCUUAAGCACCGUGGGGAUUUUCACCCUCGAAUACUCUGCACUGAGAGUGAGUCAGCUCCGUGAAGAAUUUGACCAAGGUCUGGAUGUAGUGCUAGAUGACAAUCAGAACGUGCAUGACGUGGCUGCACUCCUCAAGGAGUUUUUCCGUGACAUGAAGGAUUCUCUGCUCCCAGAUGAUCUAUACAUGUCCUUCCUCCUGACUGCAACUCUGAAGCCCCAGGAUCAGCUGUCUGCCCUGCAGUUGCUGGUGUACCUGAUGCCACCCUGCCACAGUGACACCCUGGAGCGUCUGCUGCAGGCCCUGCACAAAAUCACUGAGAACUGCGAGGACUCCAUUGGUGUUGAUGGGCAGCUGGUUCCAGGCAACCGAAUGACUUCCACCAAUCUGGCUUUGGUGUUUGGAUCUGCUCUUCUGAAGAAGGGGAAGUUUGGUAAGAGGGAAUCCAGGAAGACAAAACUGGGGAUUGACCACUACGUUGCUUCCGUCAACGUGGUCCGCGCCAUGAUUGAUAACUGGGAUAUCCUCUUCCAGGUGCCUCCACAUAUUCAGAGACAGGUGGCUAAGCGUGUGUGGAAGUCCAGCCCUGAAGCCCUUGAUUUUAUCAGACGCAGGAACUUGAGGAAGAUCCAGAGUGCACGCAUCAAGAUGGAAGAGGAUGCGCUACUUUCUGAUCCUGUGGAAACUUCUGCUGAAGUGCGUGCUGCUGUCCUUGCUCAAAGCAAGCCUUUUGAUGAAGGUUCCUCUGAGGAGUCCACUGUGCCUGUCAGCGCCUCUCCUUCCCGUGAUGAUGAGGAUGAAACGGAUCAUCUCCCCAUUCCGGAGCAGGAUCGCCCAUUGCUCCGUGUGCCCCGAGAGAAGGAGGGCAAAUCUGGCAUCGGCUACUUCUUGCCUUAGAUGUAUUUCCUUCUAUAAGGUGAUAGCUAGGGGAAAAGGGCGGGGAUAAAUCAGAUAUCACAAGAAACGUUAAGGGGACUCUGAGAAACAAAGAUUGGAGGGUGAGCAGGAGUUCCACCUGAUGCUCGGGUCAGGACGGGAAUUCCAAAACACACUGCCAAUCCCUUCACCGGGGAAGCUUGUUCUCUGUAGCCAGUAAAGGCAGAGUUAUUUCUGUAUUGUACGCAAGCUCCCUGGUGCUACCUUGCCUUUCUCUUUUACCUUUGAUCUUGGCUUUCUUUCACUGCAACCUUUCCUUUAAUUGAUGUAACAUUUGUGAUAAAUGCCUGUCCCAGAGAAGCUCACAAAUCUCGAGGUGCUUUCCCUCCCCCAAAGGGGAUUGCAUGUUUUUCCUGACUUUCCUACCCUCCUUCCGAGAGCUCAACUGGAAAGGCCCUCAAGAGGCAUGCUGAAACGUUAGGUCAGCCUUCUGACAGCUGACAAACAAUUAAUGCUGAACUGUGUCACACCAACUCAUAGCCGUGUCCCCGCAGUAACUCCAUCGCCUCAGGAUUUCCCAUCCACCUCAAUUAUUUAGACUUGGUGGCUCAUCAAAGAGCCACUCCCAAAUUUCUGUGCAGUUUUGCUCAGGUCACACCAACAGGGAAACCUCAAGUACAAUCCUAACUAGUUUUCUUGGGUCAAAAAUUUAGAAGUAAAAUUAGAUUUUAUUACCUGGAUCAGUUUUAAAGGUAGCUGACACUCACAUGUCGUUGUCAGCAAAAACAGUUAAUUAGGUACACACAUCUUUCCAAGUAGUUAAAGUCACCUGAUUACAAAUAAUACCUAUUUUUACCAUAGUUCCUCUACACAGAACACACAAAUUUGCGGGACAUGCACUGGUAACACACAGGUAUGGGUUAUGUCUGACAUACAAAAUUACAGCUGAUCUUGAGGGGUAACAACCGCUAAAUCUAUAGAAUGAAGAAUGUAUUGUAUUGAGGGAUAGAAAUCGAUCAUACACUGGGUAACAACCACAGAGCUCGAAGAUUUGUGAUUGUUAAAACUUCUCUGGCAUUUAAUCAUUAAUAAACAUCUGUGUUGUGACAGCAGCA